CACCGACAUGCAACACAGACACGCAACACGCAGCACGCGGAGGGCAGAGGCAGCAAACAGGUGGAUAUGCAAUGCGCUGCGAACGACGGCAACAUACAUACGAGCAGGCACACCGUUGAUCUGAAAAUCCGGGACGCUGACGGGCUGAGCGGAUGAGUCGAACCAUUGGAUGGUUGGUAUUGUGUAACGAGACUCGUGUCGAGACUCCACGCACUUGAACUGUGCUGCAAUCGUCACUCACUGUCCACAGCCUAGUCCACCGAAUGCCCCUCUGUACACAUAUUAACUGCCCUUCGUCGGCACGUCAUCAUCGUCAGGCACCAUCUCUUCCUUCGUCACAAGCAGCCCAUACUGCCUCAGAGCGUCACGCAAGUCCCUCUUGAGGGGCGCCCCACUCGCCUCCAGCCACGCACCAUAUGUCUGCAUGGCUGCCUCCUCACACCGCCGCACGUCCUCAGUGCACCGCUCAAGCAAUCUCGCCUCGUCGGAGCCAUCAACGCCACUCGACUGUGUGUCGUGUCUUUGCUGGCUGCACUCGACCAGGAUCUGGAAGCUCUCUGGGGCGACAGCUGAAAAGCUCUCGUGCCAGUAGUGCCGGUUGGCCGUGUCAAGCGGGUUGCCGUGGGCCUGAUUGAUGAUCGAUACACAAAUGGAUGCGGCACGGGUAGGGUGUCAUCUGCAUUGCUGUACUGUCCUGUUUCGUCACCUUGCGCCUCUCCAGCUCUUCAAUCACUGUGGCCAGCCUCGACGCCCCUCGGGCAUCCUCAGACACGAACCUCUGUGCGCGUGGAUGAGACACACCAUAUCCAAUCAAUGACAGCAGUACAGCAAGUGGUUGUUGGUUGGUGGGUUUUGGCUACCUGCACGUCAGCUAUCCAGGGCUCCACAUCUUCCUCGGCCACUCUACGCGACACACGCAGCAGCUGCUCGUUGUCAUCGCCGGCAGCCUCGAUUUCUACAUCCUCAGCACAAGCAAAGCAUAUGACGCCUAGGCAUCAUCGCAUUCUUGCCCUGCACACCCACCUUUCGGCCUCAGUGUGAGUGCGCAGCAAAGGAAGAACCUAAACCCAGGAGCAUGAAGCAAAGCAAGGUUGAUGGUGAAAAUCAAAGACAAACAGGUGUGGCACAGACAUACUCGCCCAGGGCGGCCUCCGCCUUCUCGUUGACCACAAAGCCAUGAGUCUUGAAGUCCUGCUCACAGCCAGACAAGCUAGGUGCGUUGCGUCCUCCUGGCCCCUGUAUGCGUGCAUUCAUCUGACCUUCUCGUCGACGGCAUUCAAGACUACAUUGUACAGCGGAAGGCACGGCUUGAGCCUCUGGAGCAUCGGAAAAUGGACAUCUUGGCAUCUCUGCAUCCACUGGGGCCUCCGCAACAGCUGUGAGCAGUGACGAGCACCUGAACAGCACACAGCAUCAGAUCUGCUUCAUCCACGUGCCUGUUUUGCAGAGAUCUGUCCAGGUUCAUACAUACAUGCAAGUGCCAGCCAUUCCGCCAUUCCCCCUCACAGCAAAG